AAACAAUACAACUUGUUGAACAUGAUGAAGGUUCAAGAUGUCAAGGUACCUGUUACGUUUGCUGAAGAGACGCAGUCUGAAAUGAGUCAAGAGUGGAUAGCAUCAAUUCAGAAGGAGAUUGACGCCCUCGAAGCUAAUCAGACAUGGGAGCUACAGGACUUACCAGAAGGUAAACCGAUUCAUGGCUACGUCGACGCAGAUUGGGCAAAUGACACAUCGGAUCGUAAAUCCUACAGUGGAUAUAUCUUCAUAAACGCAGCUGGUCCAAUAUCCUGGGAGUCCAAGAAGCAAAGUCUGGUGGCAUUAUCCAGCACGGAGGCCGAAUAUGUUGCAUUGUCCAUUGCAGCAAGAGAAGCAGUAUUUAUUAAAAACUUUCUGAAGGAAAUGGGUUUUUUGUUAGAUCACUCAAUUUUAAUUUUUUGCGAUAAUCAGAGUGCUUUAUGUUUAGCUAAGAAUCCACUUCAGAAUACCACAUACCAUAAAACCUGGGUUUGA